AUGUUCUCCAAGAUUACAUCUCUUCUCGCCCUUGUGGCAACGGCCAACGCACAUGGCUACCUCUCUUCUCCGAUGAGCCGAACUGGCUUGAAUGCGCAAUCUGGUGCAGAUACUUGCCCGGAGUGUACUAUCCUCGAACCCGUCACAGCAUGGCCAGACCUUGACGCCGCAAAGGUGGGUCGCUCGGGCCCUUGCGGAUACAACGCUCGCGUAUCUGUGGACUACAACCAGCCCGGCCCUCGCUGGGGUUCACAACCCAUCAUCACCUACAAAGGCGGUGAUGUGGUGGAUGUACAAUGGUGCCUUGAUGCCAAUGGUGACCAUGGCGGCAUGUUCAGCUACCGCAUAUGCCAGAACCAGGCCAUUGUCGACAAGCUCCUAACCCCUGGGUACCUUCCGACUGAGGCAGAGAAGCAGGCAGCGGAAGACUGCUUCCAGGCCGGUGAGCUGAAGUGUACCGAUGUUCCUGGCCAGACGUGCGGUUACAACUCCGACUGUCAACAGGGCCAAGCUUGCUGGAGGAACGACUGGUUCACAUGUGGCGGCUUCAAUGACGGUUCGAAGUGCAGGAGCGUCGACAACGCAGCUCUUAACUCGUGCUAUACCAGCAUCGCCGGCGGAUACACCGUCAGCUCAAAGAUCAAGAUACCCAACUACACGAGCAACCACACGCUAUUGUCUUUCAAGUGGAACUCAUUCCAGACUCCACAGGUCUACUUGACUUGCGCGGACAUCAAGAUCACUGGCAGUGGCUCAGGCGGCUCCACCCCACCCACUUCGAGCAAAGCCCCAACGACGACGACGAAACCGACUUCCACAGCGGUACCCAGCGGUUGCGCGACACCCGUUGCUACUGUAGCUGUGACAUUCGACUCCAAGACCACGACGGUUGUGAGCCAGACAGUCAAGAUUGUUGGGUCGAUCGCCCAACUUGGUAGCUGGAACACAGCCUCUGCACCCGCGCUCUCUGCGAGCCAGUACACCAGCGCGAAUCCGCUCUGGUCCACGAAGAUCAACUUACCGGCUGGCACCAGCUUCGAGUACAAGUUCAUCAAGGUCGAGAGCAGUGGUACCGUGACGUACGAGUCGGGUGCUAACCGUGUGUAUACCGUGCCGAAGGGAUGUUCAAGCACAGCCACCGUUGCUAGCACGUGGAAGUAG